GUGCGCGCGCGCAACUAUUAUCCAUUUUUAUAAUUCGGUCGAUCUCAAUGACGAGAAGUUAAUAUUUCAGUGAUAUAAUAAAUUAAAAGAAUAUAAUUUAUUUCGUAUCGUUUUAACUUUUAGUGUUUAAAUCGAGUUUGUGUGUUAAUCGACGAAAUUAAAGAGAAAGUAACUUAUAUUAUACUUACUCGACUGUACUGUGCGAAUAAUUAAUAAUGAAUGGUGGUACACGAGUGACAGAAUCGUUCGACAGACUCUAAGAUGAGUCAUUAAAAUAUACAAUUAACAAGCACAGUUGCAAUAUGCUUCAUCUGCCGCAGCAAUGGUUCGCGCGCAUCCAACAUGGCGGCAUCGCCAAUCAAUUCUUCAUGGCCCUCAUGGUAACCAUCCCGGUGCUGAACUUCGGAAUGUUAAUGGGCUGGCAGUCUCCAAUGACGCCUAUCCUGCAAUCAGAAGACGGACCAGCUCCAGAACCAAUCACAGACGAAACGAUCUCUUGGAUGGCCUCAGUGACCUUCUUCCCACCAAUAUUCUGCGGUUUCCUAGUAGGUGACCUAGCUGAUAGGUGGGGCAGGAAGACCACCACAAUGUUGACUUCCUUAAUGCUUGUGAUCAGCUGGUCAAUCACCCUUUUCUCCCUUCGGCCGUGGGCUCUGAUCGCAUCCCGCGCUGUCGCAGGCCUAGCAUGUGCAGGCUGUUACGUCGUCACGCCAUUAUAUUUAAAAGAGGUGGCAUCAGACAACAUACGCGGAGCGUUGGGCUCGCUCUUCAUCCUGUCACAGAACCUCGGCUACCUCGUGGUCUACAUCGCUGGUGAUUUCUUCUCAUUCGCCGCCGUCAUGUGGCUGUGCACGGCCAUACCCGUAUUACACUUGUUCGUGUUCCUUGCUAUGCCUGAAACACCAGUAUUCCUAGUCAAGCAGGGUAAAUUAAAGGAGGCCAGAGCGGCGUUGGCGUGGCUACGACACACCACUGUAGAUGACAAGAACCUCGAAGAAGAGAUCCAGGUAAUGGAAAGAGAGGAAGAAUACGCAAGAACCAUGAAGAAAGCUUCCUGGAAGAGCAUCGUGCAAGACAAAACCACAUUCAAAGCGUUCAGGAUAGCAGUAAAUGUCAUGUUAUCACAAGAGACGUGCGGCUACCUCGUGGUACUCAUGUACGCUGGGUCCAUCUUCGAACAGGCUUCCGAAUCCAUCAGCCUCAAGCUUAGUCCGAACAAGCAGACGAUUGUCGUUGGAGUCAUACAGCUACUGGGUUCCAUCGUUGCCAGUUGUAUUGUUGAAAAGACUGGCAGAAAGUGGUUGCUCGCUGUGACAUCAUUCGCGACGGGUCUUUCAAUGCUGGCGCUCGGCGGUUGGUUUUAUAUCACAUCCAAGUCAAUAUGGCUACCCGCCUGGUUGCCGGUGGUCGCCAUGUGUCUCUGCAUCUUCUCCGACGCGGCUGGCUACCAGCCCGUGCCAUACGUCAUAACGUCUGAGUUGUUUUCAUUCCAACAUCGUGGUAUGGUGACGUCAUUCGUCAGCAGCGUCGACGCCCUCAGUGACUUCCUCCAAACGAAAGCCUACGACCCCCUCUUAAAACUAUUAGGAAUACAUUGGGUCUUCAUACUUUUCUCAUUGGUUUGUUUCAUAGGCACGUUAUAUACCGUAUUAUAUGUCCCAGAGACGAAAGACAGAACCGUAGAGGAAAUCUAUGCCAUUCUAGAUGGCAGACAGAAGGAGAAAAGGAAAGAUGUGGAAACCGGGAACGAAAUGAGUAGACUGUAAACCAUUAUUUUUAUACGCUCGGAAUUCCCCAUUUAUUAUAAAUAUUACUAUAUGCUAUUUAAAAAUAUUAUUGACUAAAAACGGACGAUUUGAAGACAUAAAAUAUUAAUAAAAAAAAUUUAAAUCAGUAAUUGUAACAGCACGAUUGUAAUUUAUAAAAGGUAAGCAAGGGACACAUGUUAUGAAGUUAAGCAUUCGAGAGCCGAAUGGCGGAGAGCGUAAUUCGAAUUUAGAACUGCAGUGGCGAUUGGCGUUAUGCUGUUGUUGUUGUGCUGCACGACAAAAUAGCGCCAGUUCCGAACAGUCAAUAACAUAAAUCAUGUCUUAAAGUCGGCUUUUCUAAUCCUAAUAUACAAUACUUUGCAUUCCAAAAUUAAAUUAUUUUAACAUAAUAUAUGUUAUUAAAACAAAGUAUAGAUAUCAUUUUAUAUGUUAUGAACUUUCUAACAAUGUUUUAAUUCGAAUAUACAUUAAUCUAUCGUCGACGAUUCUUUCUGGAUCUGAAAUUGUAAUAUAUAUCUGUAUGUAGAUAUUACAAUUUCAAUUUAUUUUUUUAUGUAUAUUUCUCGCUAACUUUCUUUGGUGACUUCGCACUUGCAUAAUUAUAAAAGCCAAGGAACAAUAUUUAUAUUCGUAUGCUUUGUGAUAGUGUGAAAGAGACGGAAAUAGAAUACUCUUUACUCUAUUUCCGUCUCAUUUUAUUACAUCUGUGCCAUUUCUUCAACAACAAAAAAAUAUAUAUAUUCUGUUUUAAUUUAAUUUGUACAAAAACAAUAAAACAUAAAUGAACUUUA